AUGUCCGGAUACUUCAACGAAGUAUCCACAGUUGCUUUCCAGCUUGGGAAUCGAAUCAAAGAGAGAGGUGGCCGACUGAUUGAUGUUGAUGCUUUACAUGAAAAACUUCUCCAGGUUAUCAAAUUAUAUUUGAUGCACUAUGCACUGGCAUCUGUUUAUGAGAAUCAGGUUGCUCAUGCUUGUAGAAAAGAUGCUGAGAAAGCUGAUCAUUCUAUCAGCAGGCAUCCUGAAUUUCGCUACAAAACUGAGUUUCAAAGCCACGAACCAGAGUUUGAUUAUCUUAAGAGCUUGGAAAUUGAAGAGAAGAUUAACCAAAUAAAAUGGUGUCAAGCAGCAAAUGGUGCAUUGUAUCUUCUAUCCACAAAUGACAAAACGAUAAAGUUUUGGAAGGUCCAAGAAAAGAAGGUAAAAAAGCUAUCUGAGAUGAAUUUGGACCGUUCAGCUGCUCCUGCAAAUGGUAGUCCUGGUGGCGUGGGAUAUCUGAGCCCAUCUCUCUCAAAUGGCAAUGCUCUAAAACCUGGCAGGCUUCCUUUGCUUCGCCUGCCUGUGGUUACAAGCCAAGAAACAAGUCUUGCCACAAGUUGCCGAAGAGUAUAUGCUCAUGCACAUGAUUACCAUAUAAAUUCGAUAUCAAAUAACAGGUCCUGCACAUAUAUUCAUUUGAAUGUAUCAUAGCUAACGUUAAAGGUU